AUGAAUUUAAAAGAUAUACACACAGUUAAGGAUUGUUUAGCACCGAGAAUAUUUAGUAUUGUUGCCUAUGUAUGUGCAAUUGUUCAUUUCCUUUGUGGAUUGAUAUUUGCUGCUGUUACCGCAGCUUUGAGGGCAAGCGAGAACGCGGGGAAAUUUUCUUGCUCUGUUGAUGCCACGUAUAAGAAACAGGUCGAUCAGGCAUGUUUGGCAAGAUAUGAUCAAGUUUAUAACUCUCCUUUGCCUUUGUAUGGCUUUAUUUUGCUGAGUACUGGAUUGUCAGUUCUUGUCAGUGUUAUUUAUUCACUGCUAGUAUGGAGCUUUUUCAAAGGAAUAAAGUCAAGCUAUGAAACGUCAAGAUUUUUUGGAAUGGUAAGAGUUGUUGAUUCAGUUUUAUUUUAUCGCUAUUUCUUCCACCUCGUUGUGCGUUCGUUCCUUGGGAUCACUUUUACUGUUUUACAACAAAUAUAUUUCUAUCCCAAUGGUUUCGAUUCGAAAUUCAGCUGUAAUUUACCACAAACGGAAGUAACAUCCAACGUGACGAGUCGUAAUUUGAACAGUGCAUCGGUGACGGUAAAUUGUGAGAAUGCGACAGCGUCAGAGAAACGGUUAUGGGGCAUAAUUGUGUCUCUAAUAAACGUUAUUGUUGCCUUAAUUAUGUUGGGGGAAGCGAUUGAUCUUUUUUCAAGGAAACGCAUAAUCAUACGUAGAUAUCGACAUAAACAUGGCUGGUGCGAUGAUUCUGAAAUUUUUCUUGACGAUAAUGUUAGCAAUUCAUACAACGUACCUGGUGAAAGUGAACCUUUAACAAUCAUCAUAAACAACCCUCCACACUGUCGCACUCAAGAUUAUAGCACUCUGGACUCUGUCACUCAAGCGUGUGGCGCUGUGAGCGAUAGCGUUCAGGACUCUAGGAAUCAGGACACUCCCGACUCUAUCGCUCAGGAAUGUACCACAAUGGACAAUGACAUCCAGGACUCUGGGAUUGAAGAUCGUAUCGACGUUUACAAGAAACAAGUUUUGGAUCCUUUUCGUGAUCCUGACAUAAUUUAUGGACCAAACGCCACUAUAAACGAUUUGUAUAUUGACGUUGUUAUUCAUACUAAACGAGCUCGGCAUUAUUUUCCUGAAGAAAUGGAAAGACACGAAAUCUACGACGUUUAUAUGAAAGUUCCUCCAUACUCAAUAUGUUUAGAAAGAAUUGAUGAAUUAUUUUAUCCAAACAAAGAUACAAAAGAAGAAUUUCCUCGUAGCAUUCUGGCGAUUGGAAGACCUGGGAUUGGAAAAACUGUCUUGACCCAAAAAAUUCUCCAUAACUGGGCUAAUGAAAUUGAUGAAUAUUAUUCCGACAAGAUUGCCUUCUUUUUCAAAUUCAGAUGGUUCAACGAGAAUAUCAACAAAUUAACAAAUAUAUCCCUUAAGAAAUUUCUUCAGUUUGGGACGGGACUGAGUGAAGAAAAUUUCGAACGUAUUUACGAAGAAAUUGCAAAAAAGCCACAAAAAGCCAUUAUUAUUUUUGAUGGUUUAAAUGAAUAUCACGGCAACCCCAUAAGUUGCUUAGACCAAUCUCGCAUCAUUCCAAACGAUCCUGAUACUGGCACGUCAGCAAUGAGUUUGUUCAUUAAACUAGUUUUGGGCGACUUGUUGAAAGGAGCAACGGUUGUAGUAACGAGCAGACCGACAGCAGAUGAUUUUUACUCGAGACUUGAUUUUGAUCGAAAUGUGGAGAUUAUUGGAUUCACUUCCAAUAAAAUUAAAGAAUAUGUCAGCCGAUUUUGUGGUAAUAAUAACACGAGCGACCUCAAAACGAAGAUAUGGAACCACAUAAAAUCCUCAUCAGAACUGUUAAAUUUAUGUUACAUUCCAGUCAACUGCUUUAUAGUGUGUGUUACUCUCUCUGGAUGUCUUAGUGACCCAAGAAAUGAAACCGAUGCUCUUCCAACAACACUGACAGAACUUUACCAGACAGCCACAGAUCAUUUUGAGAAAUAUCAUCACAGAAAUGUAGACAGAAAUGAAGCGUUAAAGAAACUUCAACAAUUAGCAUUUCUUGGUAUGAAAAUCGGGCAACUGGUUUUUAAUCAAGUAUUAUUUGAUGAAGAAAUGAAAACGUCUGGUUUGUUGAACAGUUUAUCCAAUCCUAUUUUCCCACAACAGGCACAGUUUUGUUUUAUCCAUUUAACCAUACAAGAAUUUCUUGCUGCAAGACACGUGACUGAAACAUUCGCUCCACCCGAAAUAAAGAAGUUUAUUUCUGACCAUCUUAAAAGUGGAAAAUGGCAUUUAGUUCUUCAGUUCAUUGCAGGACUUUUGGGCAAGAGAAUCAAGAAUUUUGAUAGGGAAUACAAGGAUUGUAUUUUCGCGUUUGCAGAAAGCUUCGAAGUUACUGAUGGUGGAAUUGAAGUUCAUUAUCAUGAAGUGUUUAUAAUGAAGUCUUUAAGAGAAGCGGACGAUGAAGAGAUUACUAAAGAAGUUUGCGAAGCAACUGCUUUAAACGAUUCGGUAAAACUUUUCACUCAUCCAAGAUUUUGUAAUCUUUCUACAAGUGAGUGGGCGGCAGUGACUUUCGUUUGCAAACAUAUGAAAAAAUUGGCAAAUUUGACAUUGUUUGGAUGGGACACAGAUUGUUUUCCGGAGGUUCUAGGAUUGCUACAAAAAAGAUGCCUAAAUCAACUAGAAUUAUACGAGAGAUAUGAUCACGUUCUUGCAGACGAAAUAGAACAAGUAUUUAGCGCAUUAAUGGAAUUAAACUGCACGUUCCACCACGAACACACUAAGCUGACUUCGUUAACACUUGGUAGAUUUCGCAUGACCGAAACAAGUUUACCAAUCAUGUGCAAAUUUUUUGAAAACGAGCAUGCGAGCCAACUUGAGCAGUUAACUCUAAUUUUUAUUGGAAUUUAUUCACAUGAAAUUUCGAAACUUUGUGAAGUCCUCAACAAUGGACAUUGUCCAAAUCUUACGUGUUUUGAUCUUGGAAAUAAUCCAAUACGUGACGAGGGUGCAAUGGUGUUGUGUGAUACUCUGACGAACGGGCUUCGUAAACUUAAUAGCUUGGAUGUCAGUUGGUGUGAGUUAACAGAUCGAUGUAUUCCUACGCUAGUUAAGGCACUACAAGAUGAACGUUGCCAACUGACUGAUCUAUCCAUGGGGUACAAUGCAAUAGGUGAUGAAGGUGUAGGUAUGUUGUUUGAAGAUGCCCUGACAAAAGAUCAUUGUAAACUUACUAAGUUGGAUCUUCGUGAUUGUUCAUUAACAGAUGAAUGCAUACCCAUUUUGUGUGAAGCACUGCGAGAUGAACGUUGUAAGCUAACAAAAUUGUGGCUUCGGUCAAAUAAAUUUACUGAGAAUGGCUGGAAGUUUCUUCGCCAUAUAACGAAUUAUAAAAGUUGUAAAGCUAGGGGUUUACAAAUUGAAGAGCCAUUGGAUCAAGGUGAGUUUCGUAGCAUAAAUAACAGCACAUCUGUUUUUAUUUCCUUUGCCUUCUAGUGCUGCGUUCAAAAACCUUUAAUAAUCGCUAAUUUUUCAAAACAUGAUUGGCGUUAACUUUUAGAUAAUAAUUCAACGAAAGGAGUUACAGCAAAUUUAACUCUCUCGUGUUAUUAAAAAAUGACAUCAGGAGAGUUAAACAAUUGGGUUUUGUCAUCGAUAAAAGUGGACCUGGCUUGAACUUAACCAUCACCGUAAACUCUCAGUUUAGCAUUCCCUCUCCACGGAGGCAAUAGUUUUCUGCAAGUAUACUAUGGCGGAUUACUUUAAGGCAUUUUUAUUACAGCAUAUUGAGCACAGUAUAAAUUUUAUUUAUUUGAAAGCAUCUAUGAUCGAAAAAUGUGUUCAAUUACCCGCAAAGGGGAAAAAUUAUGAAGGCAAAUCCCCGACCGCCUGCAAUUAAAAUAUAUAUGAAACUGUCAACACAGAAUAACCGCAUCAGCCUCGCACGCCUAUGUAUGGAAAGUUGCCCCUAUCUUUUACGCUAUGCUCUUACAAAAUUAAACUUCCCGGUCGUUGCCAUGUUUACAGCCUGUGUGUAGGCACUGUACCCAAAUAUCGCAUGAUUCCCGGAAAUGCCUUGGAGUCAAAUUCCUACGUUUGAAACAGGCCUUAGACACAAUUCCUGGUAAGCCCGGGGGGAUUAUUUAUUUCAUUAUAACCUCACUGGUUAUUGUUACAUUAUUUUUAUUCUAAUACGUAAAAUAUGAUUGCACAACUGUGACAGUCAGAAAAAUGCGUUUAUGGUGUUUCAAUGAAUUGUUCUUCGGAUUAUUACUACAACAAAUAUUAAUAAAUUUUUGCUCAAUGCAAUGUUAGUUAUAAAAUAUUCCAAUUCUUUCUCUAUAUUCAGAUUUCAAGGAAGGUCACAGAACGCAUGCUCAAGAAAGUUCGCCAGAGCUACAAGCAUCGUCGUCGCAAGUACGAGGUAAAUUAUUUCCAGCUUCUGAGAUUACUAUACUAUCCAUAAAUAUUGCUAUUUUUCAUAGUGAGAACGAGGUUGCUAUAUAAAUUUUCACGACAUGAAAAAAACUGUAGCAACGGAACACACUUUUGCAGAGGAGGAUAAAUAACAAGGGGCCCUUGGAUAUUUAUCCACCGAACAUAUAUACAGUAGUCUGGUUAGGUUAACUAGAACGUCCUGGUCAAACAUAACCAGAUUCCUGGUUACACUAACCAGACUAUGGUAGGAAGUGAGAGAAAGUAACCAGAAAAUUUAACCAGGACGAUUUUUAAAUCUCCUUUGGAAGCCUUAGAAUGUUUGAAGAAGACAUAGUUCAUAUAAUUCCUUCUUCUACGCACCUCAAAAUAUUGGGUCAAAAAUAGUUAAAACCUAACAAGAAACUAAAAGACUAAAAAUAUGGCAGAUUAUAUCUCUCGGAUUCUCAGGCUCUUCAGUUUGACGCCAUAUUGAAUAUAUAUUCAUAUCUAAUAUAAAACGACUAUGUCUUUUUGAAAUAUUUAUACUUUCGAACUAUCUAAUUCUUGCUUUGACUGUCAAAAUCGUUGGGAGAAAUUUUGAAAGAAUGAGUUAAUAUGACUGCAUUUUUAAUCUUCGAUUUAGACGCAGUCGAUGAAAACUAUGAUGCUGAUACUAUUAAAACAUCCAACACAUCAGGCGACGCUCAUCUUCAGGAUGAAACUGUUGACAAUGUGACGCAAACAGACAUCGAAAACAGAAGUAUCUAUGAUGAUAAAAUUGCGUCUGCAGAACAAUUAUUGAUCUUAGAAAUUUCUCACGAAACGGAAGGCCGAAGUAAAGAAGCCAUCAAAAGCUACGAACAAGCAGUUCAAAUUAGGGAUGAAACAGAUCGCAAUGACAUCAAAUCAAAAGCUUAUCAACAUUUGGGGAACGUAUUUUAUGAAACGUCCGAGUAUAAGAAAGCAAUCGAGUUUUAUCAGAAGGCACAUGAGAUCUCUCCAGACCUCGAAGCAGAAGACAAAAUUCUCCAAAAAGAAGCAUAUACAAACUUGGGAGCUGUUCACUACAAGAGCUGUAACUUUGAUGCAGCUGUCAAAUCGUAUCUCAAAGUUAAAGAAAUUUCUCACGAUCUUGGUGAAAGAAAAGAAGAAGCCAACGCAUGCCUUAUGCUCGGCGACACCUUUCAAGAAUUGAAGCAACACGAGGAAGCCAUCGAAUCUUACCGAACGAUUUUAAAUAUCAGUGAAGAAUUGGAGGAUAAAAAAAUGCAAAAAGUUGCAAUGCGGAGAUUAGCAGCAUCGUAUUUAAUGGCGUCAAUUUGUUAUAAAGAUUGUGAUUAUGACAAGGCAAUAGAAUUGCGCAAGAAGGCAAUAGAAUGGAACGAGAAGACAUUGGAUAUUCUUGGAACAGAGCCCAGCGAUCACCUCUUGCAUGAGAAGGCUUUUACUGGUUUGGGAAUUGACUGGUUUAAUCGUGGAGAUACAGAGAAAGCGAUGGAGUCAAUUCACGAAGCUCAAAACGUGGCAAAGAAUACCGACACAGGUAGUUAUUACACAUUGCUAUAUUUUGUGGGGAAAAAAACGUGCGAUGCAAAAGCUUGGGUCAACAAUGCAGUAAAUACGAAGUCAUUAUUUCAACAUUGAUAUUCAAGACGAAAAUAAUUUGGACUUACUUUUCUCGUUUUUCCUACGUAUUGUAUAUUUAACGUAGAUCAAUUAAUUAGCCUUUCUCACGCCGCCAUUUUUGGGGUACUGUAAUUUUUCGUAAACGAUUAUAACAAUGUGAAAAGCAAUAUUUCAGAACAAACCAACCAUUUACAAAGUAAAUUUGCCGUCAUACACCCAUAAAAUUAUAAAUUGUUACACUUGCAGGAUUGGCAAAAAAGUACCCCAAAAAUGGGGGCGUGAGAAAGGCUAAUUUAGAAUAUUUCUCAAAUUUACAAAUUACACGUGAAAAGUUAAAACGCGGCGAAAAUGUCCAAUUUAACCUCUGAACAGAACAGCGUUGUCCAUGCAGGUUGAACGUUAAUUAUCCUUGCUUUGAAUUACGCAUGAACUGUACGCGCAAGCUUAAUUUAAAUGCAUGCGCUUUUACGCCAUAUCUUGUAAAAAUAGUGCUAAAAAUGAAUCAAAAUAGAUUUGUUGGAUGUGUUGUUAAAAUGCGUACUUUAAACUAACUUGGCGUUUUUUGUUUCGGGUCCAUAUAGCACCCAGAGUAACCAACCAACCAGAGACAAAUGUUCCGACUGGAAUCAAGUGAGUUUCUAUAAUUCAUUUUUAACUAGAUUAAUUUGUGUGCUGAAUAUUUUAAAAUACGUUUUUGAGAACAGUUGAAAAUGAUGUGAUAAGAUACUCUAUAUUCUCGCGUGAGAAGUUUCGUGAAGAAAUUUUGAGAAGUUUCAUGAAAGAACACAGUUGAAGCGACCAGCCUCUGAGGAGUGCCUUGUCUAGGUCAGAAUGUGAGCAUUGCUCUAGUGUGAGUACACUUGGGAUACAAUACAAGCUGAGAUAACUAACCUGUGAAAAAUGUCCUGUGUGGGUAAGACUUUAGAAGCCAAACAUUUUUUCUACAAAACGACUGUUUUCCAGUAUGUUUGUUUUACCCGUGCGGGCUAAGUGUUCAAGAAAAUCCCAUUGAAAUGAAAAAUAUUUCAAUUUCCAAAGUGGAUGAAAACAAUAAACGUUCUGCCCACCGUUUGUAGGCAUUGCUGUGCUUGUGUGUCUAUGCAGUCAUGGAAACACGACUUUCAACCAAUCACCGUACUUGUUUUCAACAUGUUAUUUUAAACAUAAUAAUAAUAAUAAUAAUAAUGACCACGCACGGUUGUUAUGCAACUAUUUAGAAACAUGAGCAGUAGUGUUUUGUCAGAUUUAAAAUAUGACAGCUGUUGGCGUUUUUAGAUCUGAUGAAACAUCAAUAAAAUUGUACGUUUUUUAUAACUGCAUGGCUUAAAUUAAAAAACGACUCAAGAUUCACGUUUUCUUAGCCAAGAACAUCAAAGAUUACGUUUAUAUAAAUCAGGAUGAUUUUUUACCAGAUAUGAAACUCGCCGAACCAGUGUUGAUUUUCACUUCCUCAUGUUUUAAAAUUCUAUUUUAAGAACCUUAAUUACAGUUGCCAUAUUUAUAUUAAUCUCACUGAUAUAGUCGUGUCAUUCCUUUCGUUUGCUAGCUUCACCGUUAAUAAACAAGGACAAAGUGUUUCCUUUCCUGCUGCAAGUGCUUUUUUUCAGUUUCCAGCCGAAGCAGUUGCAAAUGCAGUUCCUAUAAGGCUUAGUUGUAUAAGGCAUCAAAAAUGUAAAGUAAAGCCAAAGAAUGGAGACGUAUUUUGCAGUAGCAUCGUGAAAAUGGAACCGGAAGGUUAUCGCUUUAACAAACCAGUCACAGUUCUUCUCUCUCACUGUGCUGCUCAAGACGGUGCUUAUGCUGAUUAUUAUGAUCUAACCAUUCAGAAAUUGGGUAAAGAAUGUGAAGAUUUAGAGACAGAACAACUUGGAAAAUCUGAAGGUAGAACACUAGAGUAAUAUCCACCCUGGACAUUGGAGGGGAAGGAAGUGAAGAUGGAAAUUGGGGGAAAGGAAAUAUAUGAUCAGGAGAAGAAAAAAGGGGGAAGUAGAGGUUGGAAGAGGAUUUAAAAGCGAGGAGAAAUGGGAAUAGAUGGUAGGGAAGAAGUGGGUAGGGAAAAUUAAGAGGAAGAAAAGAUGGAAGAGGUCUAAGAGAAGAGGUAGGAAGUGUAGUGGGAAUAGGAAAAAGAAGGGAAAGAGGAGGGGUGGGUAGUGAGCAAAUAAAAAGAUACGUUAAAGCAGGAGAGGAAAAGGAGAACACGAAAAAAGGAAUGGAGAAAGAGAUCGAAGAGGAGAAAGCGGUAAGGAAAGAGAGGGGAAGUUGAAGAGAAGGAGAUAAAGGAUUAAUAAAGAAGAGAAGGCGGAGAAGCAGAAUGAAAGGACAAAAAAGUUGCAAAUUAGUUAAAUAGGAGGAGAGAGAAGAGCAGAAUGCAUAUUCUCAUACUGGCUUGCCGCUGCAAAGCAGGGAAGUGCCUUUAUUAAGUGCAUUACAAUAACAGUUCAAAUACGAUGUGCAAAAACUAAAUUGAUGCUAAAGUCGCUUAACUCGUGUGACCUAACACACGGCACCCCAGUGGCUCAGUAUGAGAAACCCGUUCUACGCUUAUUCCGUAAACUCAGACAACGAGAAACUCAAAAUCCUUCAUCAGAUGAAGUCUAGUCCACAAAAAACUAUUUUGUGGACGUCUGGGUACUGGUAGUCCUGUUUUUUGUUUUGUGAAUAUGUAUAUACUCAAAGUAUUGCCAACGAUGCACUUUGCUUUUAAAUUCCAACUACUAAGCCUAAAUCGACUUUAUACUGUAAGAAAUUCAAAUUUUCGUUUUUGACUUAAGAUUUACCAGCGAAAAUUGUUUCUGAUUUCUGUGAUAUCCUCGAGUAUUUACCUCUUGCACAAGCCAGCAUCACAGAAGCGUCGACAUUAGUUGCAACGACCAGGAUACGAUCUGAGGAAAUUAUUCUGGUGCCUGAUGAAAUGUAUGUUUAUCCGAGAUCUUAUGGAAACGAGAGCGAUCUAGAGAUAAUCUUUCCUGUUGGAGCUGUGGAAGAGGAAUGUCGUUUAACUGUGCAG